UCUCUUUCCAUCUCCCAACUUCAAAAAUCAUCCUUUAAUCUUCCUCCUGUCACUCACUCCUUCCUUCUCCACAGAUUAUAAUGGCGGAUUUCCUCCACCAAACACACCUAGACGAUGACUCGACCGUCCUCUAUUCGAGCUCGGGCUCCCCAAACGAAUCCGCAACUCCUUCCUCCUCUUUCUACCAAUCUCCACCUCCCCCAUCCCUUCAAUCCACAGCAUGUUCAUACAAGCUUUCUGUCUCCAACCUCUCCUACACCAUUCAUCACAAGAGAAGAAUUCCAGCCUUCUUCAGUAAUGCCCAGUUGCAUCAGCCGAAACCCACCAAUGUACUUGAAUCCAUCUCCUUUGUCGCAAGGAGCUCAGAGAUCCUUGCUGUCGUCGGCCCGAGCGGUGCGGGGAAGUCAACGCUUCUCCGAAUCAUCUCUGGCAGGAUCAAGAGUGCGAAAUUCGAUCCAAAAAGCAUCUCACUUAACGACCAUCCGAUCACCAGCCCUACCCAACUGCGAAGGAUAUGCGGGUUUGUGACACAGGAAGACAAUCUCCUCCCACUCCUAACAGUCAAAGAAACACUAAUGUUCAGUGCCCGGUUCCGGCUUAAAGGGAUGAAAGCUAUAGAGAAGGAAGAGAGGGUGGAUCUUCUCAUGCAAGAGCUGGGUCUCGUGCAUGUCGCUAACAGCUUCAUUGGUGAUGAAGAGACCCGAGGUAUAUCGGGUGGCGAAAGGAAACGUGUAUCGAUUGGAGUCGACGUGAUUCAUGAUCCACCAAUCCUGCUUCUCGACGAGCCCACUUCUGGUCUAGACAGCUCCUCGGCAUUGCAAGUCAUUGAGCUGCUUGCCGCGAUGGCGAAAACAAGGCAAAGAACUGUUGUUCUAACCAUCCACCAGCCUAGUUACAGAAUCAUUCAAUACAUUUCAACGUUCUUACUCCUCUCCCGGGGUUCGGUUGCUCACUGUGGUAGCCUCAAAUCCCUUGUGGAAAGCAUCACCUACUUGGGGUUCAAGAUCCCGGUGCAACUCAAUGCUCUCGAGUUCGCAAUGGAGAUCAUCACAUCACUUGAAGGUUCAAACCACUCACAAAACUACCUGUCGAUCGAAGACUCCGAAUCAUCUUCUUCCUCAACAUGGCUAGAUGAAGAGGAAGAGAGCAUCCGACACAACAUCAUCGAUGAAAACAGUCACUUUUGUUGUUCUUGGAGAUUGUACGAGAUAGCAUCGCUUUGUCUGCGAUUCUGGAAAAUCAUUUACCGUACGAAGCAGCUGUUCUUAGCGAGAACAAUGCAAGCGAUCGUGGGAGGGUUUGGGUUGGGCAGCGUCUAUCUAAAGGUGAAAGACGACGAGGGAGGAGUUGCAGAGCGGUUGGGUCUCUUUGCUUUCAGUCUCAGCUUCCUCCUCUCAUCCACCGUCGAAGCACUUCCGAUAUUCUUGCAAGAGCGGCGUGUCUUGAUGAGGGAGGUCUCAAGGGGAGCGUACAAGGUGUCUUCUUACAUGAUCGCCAACACCAUCGUUUUCAUCCCAUUCUUGCUGGCCGUUGCCAUUCUGUUUGCAAUUCCAGUGUAUUGGCUUGUGGGGCUCAACCCUUCCUUCAGUGCUUUCAUCUUCUUUGUGCUGGUAGUCUGGUUGAUUGUGUUGAUGGCCAGCUCUUUAGUUCUCUUCCUGAGUGCAGUCUCUCCAGAUUUCAUUUCAGGAAAUUCUCUCAUCUGUGCUGUUUUGGGAGCCUUCUUUCUGUUCUCUGGCUAUUUCAUUCCCAAGGAGAACAUUCCACGGUAUUGGAUUUUCAUGUACUAUGCCUCCCUCUACAAGUAUCCCUUGGAUUCGCUUCUGAUCAAUGAGUACUGGAGCUUGAGAGGAGAAUGCUUCUCAUGGCAACAACCAGAUAGGUCCACAUGUUUGAUGAAAGGUGGAGAUGUGCUGAGGGGUAGAGGGCUGGAUGUGGACAAUAGAUGGAUGAACGUUGGUGUCAUGCUCGGUUUCUUCUUGUUUUACCGUGUGCUUUGUUGGAUUAUUCUAGCUCGGAAGGCUUCCAGGACGAUGUUUUGAUAUGUAGACCGUUUGAUCCUACCGACGAUGAUGAUGGCCACCAACUUAACGGUUGUGAUGAUUAGCUACAGGUAGCUGGAAGUUGGUACCCCUUUGUGUGGUAAAAUAAAACAUGAUGUAUACGCUAUUUCAGAGAGCAUUUGUAAAGCCAAAGAAAAUUGGAAAAAGAAAUAUUUGUGAUUGGAACUAGACCGGUCCAGGUGGGGCCACUAAAAAAGCCCAGCCCUGUAAUGUAUAAUGACUUGUACGUGGCUGAAAUGAACCCAUGGUCGAAAUCCAGGGGCACUAGGUCCAAGCCAAGGGCCACCGCAGCCCUAAAUGUAACUAGAUCAAUCUAAACCGUCCAAAUUGGUGGCUCUACUAUAGACGGAUAGGAUUGCGUGAAAAAUCCCUGUGUCCAAGUAUAACCCACAUGA